AUGGAGAUGAAUAAGGGAGAAGCAGAGAAAUGCUUAGAGAUCGGCAAGAAACAUCUCCGUCUUGGCAAUUGGGAAAAGGCAAUCAAAUUUUUUGAUAAGUCACAUCGGAUGUAUCCAUUGGCGGGUGUAGAAGCUUUGCGCAAUCGUGCUUUAAGCGAGAUGAAGAAAGCUUCCGCAUCUCGAGCGCGUCCAACGUCACCACGUGGUAGUACAUCGUCUAGUGCGGGAGUACGACACCGAUCGGAAGCUUCUGCGCCAUCGAGAUCCCCAUCGUCGGAGUCGCAGCGGCCAUAUACGGCUGAACAGCUGCAGACGGUUCGUCAGAUUAAAGCUUGUAAGACCCAUUAUGAGGUGUUAGCCGUACAACAGAAUGCUACGGAGAGCGAGAUCAAAAAAGCUUACCGCAAGUUAGCGCUUAAGCUACAUCCUGACAAGAAUAGCGCUCCAGGAGCAGAAGAUGCAUUUAAGGCUGUGGGAAAGGCUUUCGCGGUAUUAAGUGACCACGACAAACGUGCUCAUUAUGAUCGUUACGGUGAUGAUGCACCGGUACAGCAACAGGGACGCAGAUACGCUCAGGACGAAGAAGUUACACCGGAAGAAAUUUUCAACAUGUUUUUUGGUGGCGGCUUUCGUCCACAUCCAACACCACAGUUUACUAUUCAACGUACAACGCAAAUGGCGAAUGUUGUCAAAGGCAUUCCCUACUAUGUCGAGCACGACUUUAACCAGCGGUACACGACUCAUUGGCGUGAUCUCUCACGAGUGGAACAAAUGGUGGAACAGACGUUUUUGUCAAGGCUAUCGGAGAAUUGCGAAAAUUUAAAAUCGCGGCAAAAACGGCUGAUUUACCGUGCCCGAAACGCGCCAAGUGAAGAUCGGGAAACUGCGAUGCGAAAAGCAUUGGAGAUGAAGAUGCCUCCUUGUGACGAGCUGCGUAGACUUCGGCGAACGCGACGCUAUUGA